AUGACGUCACGGAUUCCAGCGCUCAUCCUGCUGUUUCUCCCCCAAGUUUGCGGUUGGUCGUGGUCGAGGGACGCACACGGGUCCCGGAUAUGGUUCACCAACUCGGGCAACGUGUCCGUCGAUGGUGACCCGAGCAGGCUUCAGCUCUUCACAAAAGGUGUGAUCGUUGCGGAGGUUACUCGGAACGAGACGGACGAAAUCAUCGCGUGCCGCUUCACCGAGGUCAGAGAUGCGGAAGAGCGCAAGUGGCUGUACGGGAAGCUUGGCCGGAUCCCGAAAGCGGUAACCUUCGAUGAAAUGACUCAGAUCAUCGAGAAGUGUGGAGACAGUGUCGUGAGCACAAGUUAUUACCUACCGCGUUUCACAAACCCCGUAUUCCCUGGAACCAUGUGGUGCGGACCCGGAGACGCAGCCACAGACUAUGGAUCGUUGGGCUACUUUCCGGGACCAGAUGCUUGCUGUCGAAAUCACGACCUGUGCCCCAUCAGAUCUCUUCCCGGGGAAGCGAUAACUCCCAGAGGUCCCAAUAGAUUCACCCUAUCGGAUUGUAGAUGCGAUCAUGCUCUCAGAGCAUGUCUGACGAAAAACUCUGCGGAUGGUAAUAGCUACACGGCGAGCCUCCUGAAAAGGCUCGUGGAGAUGAGCCUGAGUUAUUGCCUUGCAGAAGAUGGAAACGUGGUCCAGCUCGGUUACUGA